CCUGUAGGUACCUACUAGUACUACAUAAUGCCGCCAGGCAAAGCUCAGCUAGCUAGCUAGGGCGAAGUGUCAAAGUGUGGCGCCGGAGAAGAGGCGUCAAGACAUCCCGAUCUGUAGUUGGUGAACCGCUGCUUGAAGGGCAGAACACUAAUCUGCACGCGAUUGGCUUCCUCAACAUGAGGGAUGAGGAGGAAUUGCCUGGGAAACAGCCCCCAGGCGCGCUUCCUGCAGACGGGCGGCUGAAUCAAACCCUGAAGGGUAUGCAGAAUUUAUUGUCUCGGGGCCGGACUCUGCCCGGGAAAAUCAUGCUCAGCCGAAAGAACGAGACGGCACCGAGCUCGGCCAAGCCCCCCUUACCAGACGAAGUGAUUGAUGAUGACUACGUUGAUGUCCGGAAAGGCGGCGAGGCUUCAGAAGAUAGGAGCUCUCCCCAAGCCAGCACAUCUGAUCGUAACAAUGAGGAUGCAGCAGACGGGGGUGCCCGAGAGGAGCCUGGCAGCACCAGGGGGGUGGAUGGCAAGCCAGGGGGGAGUCAACACGGAACCCCCCGGACCAAUGGCGGACGGGCAACGGACAGUGCUCGGGUGGACCGGUUCAAGAAGGUGCUGGCCACAUCAACAGUUGAGCUAGAGGCGCUGAGAGAGUUGGCCUGGAGCGGCGUCCCCCCCGACAUGCGGCCGGCGUGCUGGCGGUUACUGCUGGGCUACGCGCCCCCCAACUCGGACCGGCGAGCGGCGGUGCUGGCGCGCAAGCGGCAGGAGUACCGGGACUGCGUGCCCCAGUACUACGACAUCCCGAACGCAGAGCGGUCGGAGGACGAGGUCAACACGCUGCGACAGAUCUCGGUGGACGUGCCACGGACGGUCCCUGACGUCCGGUUCUUCCAGCAGAGCGCCAUCCAGAGUUCGCUUUCGCGCAUCUUGUACAUAUGGGCAAUACGGCACCCCGCCAGCGGUUACGUCCAGGGCAUCAACGACCUGGUAACCCCAUUCCUCGCCGUGUUCCUGAGCGAAAUCCUGGAGGGCGACAUGGAGCACUGGGACGCAGGCAAUCUGUCGCCCGAAACUCUGUACACGGUCGAGGCCGACUGCUACUGGUGCCUCUGUAAACUGCUUGACGGCAUACAGGACCACUACACGUUUGCGCAGCCCGGCAUUCAGCGGUUGGUGUUCAAACUUAAGGAGCUGGUACGGCGGAUCGACGAGCCGGUGGCACGGCGCAUCGAGGAGCAGGGACUCGAGUUUCUGCAGUUUGCAUUCCGGUGGUUCAACUGCCUGCUCAUACGAGAGUUGCCGUUUCACUUGGUGUGCCGGCUGUGGGACACGUACCUCGCCGAAGGCGACGGGUUCGCCGACUUUUUGGUGUACGUGUGCGCGAGCUUUUUGCUGACGUGGUCUGACGAGCUCCAAAAGCUGGAGUUCCAGGACAUGGUGCUCUUUCUGCAGCACUUGCCUACCAAAAAGUGGACGCACCAGGAGCUAGAAAUAGUGUUGUCGCGCGCGUAUAUGUGGCGCGAGAUGUUUGGCAGGUCGCCGAACCACCUGAACAGCAGCUGACGUGCAUUGAAUGUCAUAUGUAAGCAACUUAUCGAGGCUCAUGAACAUUCGGGCUUCCUACUGCCAAACCUGUGCUGUAUAGUAUUGACAUGAGAGCGAUCAGUGAAUUUAACCAUUCAAU